AAAGCGCUUAGAAACAAGGGACUCCUUUUCGCGGAAUAAUUCAUAAGUGGGAGUGUCAACUCUCGCGAGAAGAUGUGUCUCCCUUCAACUACUGUAACGUAUUAUAACUUUUUCUUACGGAAAAGAAAAAAUUAUAGGGAUACGGAGAACCGCCGUGGGCUGUAAAAGAAAACUUUAACUUGUGAACAAACUGGACCUGUUGUGGGGCGGUAGAAGUAGUUCCGGCGGGGGUGGGGUCAGGACUCCGGACGUCAGCGUCCGGCGCGCAGUUUAGUUUGGCGGUAGCGGAUCUGCUCUUCGGCGCGGGCGCGAUGUGGUCGCAGAUGAACCGAGCUGCUGAGGAGUUUUACACUCGUCUCCUGCAGGAAUUUGAUGAAGAAAAGAAAGGAAUCUGUAAAGACCCAUUUAUCUAUGAGGCUGAUGUCCAAGUGCAGUUGAUCAGCAAAGGUCAACCAAAUCCUUUGAAAAAUAUUCUAAAUGAAAAUGAUGUAGUAUUCAUCUUGGAAAGAGUGCCUUUAGAAAAGGAAGAAACAAGUCAUGUUGAAGAGCUACAAUCUGAGGAAACUGCUAUUUCUGAUUUCUCUACUGGGGAGAAUGUUGGCCCACUUGCUUUACCAGUUGGGAGGGCAAGGCAGUUAAUUGGACUUUACACCAUGGCCCACAAUCCUAAUAUGACCCAUUUGAAGAUUAAUCGACCAGUUACUGCCCUUCCUCCCCUUUGGGUAAGGUGUGACAGUUCAGACCCCGAAGGGACCUGUUGGCUAGGAGCCGAGCUUACCACAACAAAUAACAGCAUUACAGGAAUUGUCUUGUAUGCGGUCAGUUGUAGAGUUGAUAAAAAUUAUUCUAUAAAUCUUGAAGAGUUAAAAAAUUCACAUAAGAAAAGACAUCACUUGUCUACUGUCACAGCCAGGGGCUUUGCCCAGUACGAGCUCCUGAAGUCCACUACCUUGGAUGAUACGGUCCCUGCAUCACAAACUACGAUCACUUUGGAUAUUUCCUGGAGUCCUGUGGAUGAGAUUCUUCAGACCCCUCCACUCUCUUCAACUGCAACUCUGAAUAUUAAAGUGGAAUCGGGAGACCCCAGAAGUCCUUUGAGUCAUCUUCACAGAGAACUGAAAUUUCUCCUUGUUUUGGCUGAUGGUUUAAGGACUGGUAUAACUGAAUGGCCUGCGCCUCUGGAAGCAAAAUCCGCUGUUGACCUUGUGCAGGAAUUUCUGAAUGACUUAAAUAAGCUCGAUGGAUUUAGUGAUUCAACAAAAAAAGACACAGAGAUGGUGAAGCAGGACAGUGCUGCGCUGGACCGUUCCAUCGAAUGUCUUUUCACUGUGCGGUGUGAUCUUGAUUUUGCUGAACAGCUGUGGUGCAAAAUGAGUAGUAGUGUGAUUUCGUAUCAAGACUUGGUGAAGUGUUUUACAUUGAUCUACCAGAGUCUACAGCGUGGUGACAUACAGCCAUGGCUCCAUAGUGGAAGUAACAGUUUACUCAGUAAGCUCAUUCAUCAGUCUUACCAUGGGACCAUGGACACAGUUUCUCUCAGUGGGACUCUUCCAGUUCAGAUGCUUUUGGAAGUUGGCUUGGAUAAACUAAAGAAAGAUUAUAUCAGUUUUUUCAUAGGUCAGGAACUUGCAUCUUUGAAUCAUUUGGAAUAUUUCAUUUGUCCAUCAGUAGAUAUACAAGAACAAGUUUAUCGUGUUCAAAAACUCCACCAUAUUUUAGAAAUAAUAGUCAGUUGUCAGCUUUUUAUUAAACCUCAACAUGAGCUCCUCUUUUCUUUAACACAGUCCUGCAUAAAAUAUUAUAAACAAAACCCUCUUGAUGAACAACACAUUUUUCAGCUGCCAGUCAGACCAACUGCUGUAAAAAACUUAUAUCAAAGUGAGAAGCCACAGAAAUGGAGAGUGGAAAUAAAUAGUGGUCAAAAAAAGGUGAAAACAGUGUGGCAACUGAGUGACAGUCUACCUGUGGACCAUCUGAAUUGCCACAAACCUGUUACAGAUUUUUCUGAAUUAACAUUAAACAGUAGCCUGGAAGAAAGGAUAUCCUUUACUAACAUGGUUACCUGCAGCCAGGUGCAUUUCAAGUGAAGUGUGCUGGUCCUCUAUCAGCAUAAGCCCCAAAAAGAAAAAACAAUUACAAAGCCUGAAACAGGAAUGUAUAUAAAUCUUUGAAGUAUAAAAUGGAUGAAAAUCGGAAGAUUCUCUCUGAAAGAUGAAGCUGCGAACUGGGGUAGCCCUGUCUCAGCUCUGGCUCCGCAGGAGGAGCAUUAAGAGAACUGCAGCAAUUAACACACAGAGGGUGCAGACUGUAGGUACCACGAUCUCCGUUGCCAUCUGCAUGUGGCUUAGCAAAGGCUCUGGAAUGGGAGAGAGAACACCAGAACAAAUGGGAACGUGAUCAUUUUAGCAAGUAGUUUCAUCCUGAAAGCUUUACCUGUAUUGGAAAAACUUGGAAAAUGGGAUCACAAUUUCUAAUUAUUCUCACUUGCUACAAAAGAAUUAAAUGUUAAAAAAAAAAGUAUGUGAGGGCUUUGGAAAAUAUUUCAGAAAACAUAGGAUAAAGAAUACCUAAAUUUGGUUCUUCCAUAGGUACUGUAAUAAAGUCUAAAUGUGUAUUAAUGUUCAUGUUUACCAUAAUUAAUCUCCAAAUAUUGGCAGCUAUGUCAUAUGGUUUUUAUAAUUUUCACUGAAGGGAUUUGUGAAAGAAAAAUCCUUGACAAACAUUUCCAACCUUUCUAAGAUGUUAUUGUGUAUCUUAAGAAGUAUAGGAGUUUCUACAUUGAAAUCUUGCGAGGUAAUUCUUGCAUAGUUAAGUAAUAGUCCUGAAGAGUUAAAUGUUAAGCAUAUUUCAUGUACAUGAAUAUAGUAGUGGACAUUGAUUUAAAACCUGCCUUUAGGGUUUGUUCCAGGGACCCUGCUUACCAAGGUAAAUAAGGUAUAGGCCUUGCUCUAACUGGGUUCACAGGCUCCACAAUAAAUUCUCCAUCAUGUCUACACAAGAUAAAGGUUUAUUUUAGUUUGAUGGAAUAUACAUCCUUAAUAUUACCUACUUAUUUAGAUGUGGGAAGAGGGGUAGGCACAGUGGUAUACUGGCUUAUAAAAAUAGCUGAAUCGGCAGGGUUUGGUUUAGCACUUUCUACCUCUGAUACCAUUAAAGAUGUGUUUGUUAAAAAAGGAAAUAUAUUUCUCUUACUGCCCUUAUAGAGAUAUAAAGACAAAAUUCAAAGAAACAAAUGGUAUGUGCUGGCAUUUCUUGAUAUGUAGUUGUGUCUUUGUUAUUCUACAUCUCUGAGCUUUUUAGAUCCCACUGCAUAAGAAAUGAUGCCUUCCAUGAGAUCAAAGACCUUGGUUUGUUUAUUACUAUUUCCCCAGUGCUCAGAACAUCCCCCCAACCUUAAAGUGGGUGCUAACAAUUAGUUGCUGAAUGAGUAAAUAUAUCUCGAGUGUUCUUUAAUUUUUUUAAUUUUAUUUGGUAUAAUGGUUGAAUUUUUCCCUCCUUCCAUAAGCCCACUAUAACAAAAUAAUGGAUUUAUAAGCUUACAGUAUAAUUCAAGAAAAAAAGAAUAGAGUAGCUAAAAUAUUUAUUUUGUAGGUGUUUAAAAUAUUAUUUAAAUGCUUAUAAGAGAAAUUUGAAAUUGCUUCAAUAUAAAGAAAAAACCAUUUUUAAUUAUUUGGUUUUAGACAAUUGACUUAGGGUUGGUCCUCAUUUUCAGAUUUUGGUUAUGUCAUUUCUAUAUGAUUAUGUGGUUUAAUUAUCAAAGAGAAGAAUUAAAAUAUACUCACCUAUAGCAAGCAUCUGGUUGUUGAUAGAGCAAGUUUCCAAGGCUUUGAAGUACCAACUUUCCACCUAAUAAAAAAACCACUUGGUGAUUAAUGUUGUUUUUAAUCUGCUUGUCGAUUAAAUUAGUUAACAUUUAUUGAACACCAAUGUGCAUCACUGUGAAGAGGUCCAAAAAAAUGGUAUUCUUGAGGAGUUUAUAAUCUAGUGCUGUUCUAGUGAACGCCUAAUAGCUUCCGUAGUCUCACUGGAGUAACCCUAAAAGAAUGUUGGUAAAUAAGUGAAAUUUAUUUUUGUAAUUAUUUUUAUUAAGACAUUCUAAAUUACAAUUUCUAUUGUCAUUAGCAACAUAGAGAGCUAGUAGAGAAAAUUGUAU